CAGGAUCUGCCUUUGCACAUUAGUAGGAAGCAGGGGCAGACUGACCAUUCGAGCACUCGGGCACUGCCUGAGGGCCCAGGGUCUGUAGGGGGCCCCAUGAAAUGCCCCUGGUACCAUUUUAUAGGCUUUUUUGGGUGUGAUUUGAGUGUGGGUCAAGGACACAGGGGCCCCAUGAUUCCCUAUUGCCCGGGGGCGCGGGGUCUGUAAGGGGGGCCCCAUGAGAGGCCCCUGGUACCUUUUUCAUAGGCUUUUUUGAGUUUGGGCAAGGACACAGGGGCCCCAU